CUCUCUCUCUCUCUCUCUCUCUCUCUGUUUUGUCACACAAGAGACACCAAAAGCUAUUUGUAUAAUUGAUCCAAUCACCGACCCUAUUUCUCUCCUCACCCUAAACACUAUACUCCUCACAAAACCCAGCUCCAAUUCGCUAAUACUUAAAAAGUUCAAACCACAAAUUCACACCCAGAAAGCCAAAAAAAAAAAACCAGUAACAGUUUCAAAACCCAAACUUUGUAAAAAAAAAUCAAGUUAGAUCUUCUCUGUGUUCCUCUCCUCCAUAAACCUUUGUUCCCAAGGUCACCACUCCCUCCCUUCUCUUCAGUUUUCCCAUAAAAAAUUCGUCUUGGGGUUUUCUGAUGCAUGCAACCAAUCCAAUUUUGUAUUGGGUUUUCUCAAAGUUUUGAUUUUUAAUUCUAGGUUGAGGAGUGUAUGCGUUUUCCGGCGAGAGUGAAGCUCCGGGCGGCGGUGAGGCUCGAGUGUGGCUGAGAAUGCGCGGCGGAGAUUGAAAAGUUUGCGUUUUUCAGAUCAGAGUUUUUUGGAUUUUUCCGGUGGAGGGUUUUGGUUUGAGAUGGGGAGCUCCGGCGAGUCCGGUAACAACGGCAUUGAUGGGACGGUGGGUACGUUGGUUUGGGUCCGGCGGAGAAACGGGUCGUGGUGGCCGGGUCGGAUUGUGGGGUUGGAUGAGUUGACUGAGGAGUUUGUGGUUUCGCCUAGAAGUGGUACUCCGGUGAAGCUUCUCGGCCGUGAUGACGCCAGCGUGGACUGGUAUAAUCUUGAAAAAUCCAAGAGAGUGAAAGCUUUUCGUUGUGGGGAGUAUGAGGAAUGCAUUACAAAAGCAAAGGCUGCUGCAGCUAACCCCAACAAGAAGGCAGUGAAAUAUGCACGAAGGGAAGACGCCAUUAUUCAUGCUCUUGAGAUUGAGAAUGAGCGCCUAGGCAAGGAUAAUGUAAAUAUCAGUUCUCAAAUGAGUAAUUCAGGUGGUGACCACGAUUGCUCAGCCACAUCUCACUCUGGCGAGGAGAAUGGAGAUAUGUCUUAUGAUGUGAGUCUUUCUGAAGCAAAUUCAGACUCUGCUCUGGAAUUAUCUCAAUCUGGUAUAUCUUUUGAGGAGCCAAAUCAUAUAAGUUCUUCUAAGUUGCAAAGUCUGCAGGGAAGGAGAAGAAGGACACCAAAUGAUUCAGAGGAUGAUGGAACAGAAGGAGUUAAGCGCAUGAGAGGACUUCAGGACCUGGGAAUGGGUGUGGUAUCAAAAAGGUCAGUUCAGACAGAAGGGCGUCAUGAAAAUGCUUCAAUCUUAGAUAUAAACACUGAGAGUGGCAUGCCCAACGGAAGUCUUUCAAAUGGAAGCAAAAGUCCCUCAUCUUUGAGGAGAAAGAGAUCUGUAGUGGCCACAGCUAAUGAGUUGCUGAGAAGAAAAAGUCGUAGCAAACCAUUGACGAAGGUCUUGGAGAGUACUGAAAUGGUGUGUAUUCCAGUUGCAGGUGACCUACUUCCAAAGUCAAGUGCUUCCUCUCUUCAAUUAUCUGAUGGUAAGGUUCCUGAAAUUGAACAAAAUGAGUCAAAAAGGGGUUUAUCUACGGACCACACUAGAGUGUCAUGUGAAAUUGAUGCUUACACAGAUGCUCCUGAACAAGCUACGGUAUCUUCUUCUAUUAAUACGAUGAAAGAGAAUGAAAUUCCCAGCAAAUCUGAGUUAUUGGAAAAUGGUUCAUCUAAAAAAAUCUAUGAUGUGCGGCCCGCUGGAGAAGAAAAACGCUCUUUAGGUAAAUCUGCUGUACUUGCUCCUUGUUCAUCUGGAAGGCCUGAAAUUGGUGCAGUGGGAAGGCAAUCUACUCGAACUAGUCAAGCUGAAGCUGUAUCUCUGAGAAAUGAGAAGCUCAAUGACACUGCUCCUACAAGUUCUGCAGUCGUGCAUGAUAUUGGCCAAAGUAUAGAAAAAGGUAGUUCGAAGUGGCAGUCAAAAGGAAAGAGAAACUCAAGAAAAACAAGUAGAGAUAGAAAACAUAACUCGAGGAAAUAUAUGAACAUCGAUGACUUAUCGAAUACUAGUUUGGCAGGCAUACGCCGUUCGGAUGUGUUAUGUCACGUUUCUGACCUGAAAAGAAAUUGCAAUGGUAUUAAUGGUUCUGCUACUUUCAAUCACACAUUACAAGGAAGGUCCAAACAGGUUGCGGAAUUGUCUGCUGGACCGCCUCAAAGGUCACUUCCCUAUCGGCAAUCUCGCUCCUUGGUACCAGCAAGAUAUCAGACAUCGGAUUCUAUUUCCCACAGUACUUGCUCUGAUGCUGCCUUAUAUGAUGUCAAACUGGAGGUUAAAACAAAGUACCGGACACAGCAUGUUCCCCUGGUUUCUUUAACGAGUAAAUUGAAUGGUAAAGCCAUUGUUGGUCACCCACUCAUAGUUAAGGCUUUGGAUGAUGGAUAUAGUGACAUACUGUUUGACAAUAUGGAAUGUGAUCUUGAAGGUGGCGAAGCAGCUGAACGAAAUGUAGAGAUUAGAAAAAUCCCUACCAAGCAUUUGGGUUCGCCAAAGAGUUCUCCCAAAUCAAAGAAAUCUGGGCUACUGCAAAAAAAGACGAGGAAGUUAUCUUCAUUGACUGGUCACCGGCACUCUGGAGAGAGGAAUCUACCGAUAAAGAAGUCGAGCGGUACGGUAAUAGCUUGUAUCCCCCUUAAAGUAGUUUUCAGUAGGUUAAAUGAAGCAGUGAGUGGUUUAGCGCGGCCAACACAUCAUGUGUUAAAAACCAAGUGAAACUUGAAUCUGUUUAUUGGGUUAAAGUUACAGUGAAUGGUUUACCUGUGAAGUUAGCUCUA